AUGCUCCUCAAAUCACCGCCAGACCAGCUCGGAGAAUCGAGAUUUUCAGCGCUUGCUUGCCUCCAUCGUCUGCUCAGAAGGUUAUCACGUGAUGAGGAAUACCAACAGCUCUACUCAUCAUUCCUCAAGGAAUACGAGGAAAUGGACCACAUGCGUCCCGCAUGCGGACGGCUCAUCAUGUCAGAUCAUAAUCGUCAGCUCACAGUGGGGUGCUCGGCUUCCGAGAUGACCUUGGCAUAUGGAACUUCGCUUCCAGGAGGGUUGAAGGUCUCGGGUGGUCGGCAUCCCUCUCAGGCUCACGCUCAUUCGGAGUACUUCUUUCCUCAUCACGGAGUCCUCAGAGCAAGCAGCGAGACAACAAAGCUCAGGCUCGUUUUCAACGGCUCAAACAGGACCAGCUCAGGGAAAUCCCUUAACGACAUCACGCAUCCAGGGGCCAAACUCGAGCAGGACAUCUCGGAUGUACUACUCUACUCACGCAAGUUCAAGCUCAUCUUCAUGACAGACAUCACCAAGAUGUUCCGUCAGAUACGCGUACAUCCAGAAGAUUGGCCGCUCCAGCAAAUUUUGUGGACCGACUCGCAUGGAAAUAUCAUCCCAUACCAGCUCACAACAGUCACAUACAGCACACGCUCAGCUCCGUUCCUUUCCGCACGCGUAUUACUACAGCUCGUGGAGAAUGAAGUAUCACAUUAUCCACUGGCAGUAGAGUCGCUCACCAAAGGACGGUACGUGGAUGAUAUCUGUGGAGGUGCCGACUCGCACGAACAGCUCCUACUAAUAGCUCACCAGGUGACACAGCUCUGCGCAUCAGGGUGCUUCCCAUUGGCAAAAUGGCAUUCGAACAGCUCAGCCCUGCUCACGUCACUGUCACCCGAAAGCACCUCUGACGAUCAGCGACCCAUUGAGAACUCACUCACCAAUAUCUUGGGGGUCUCAUGGCAUCCCUACACCGAUCAGUUUAAAUUCUCGUCAGCUCAGCUUGAAACCUCCUCCAUCACGAAGAGAAUCAUUCUCUCGGACACCGCCCAGCUCUUCGAUCCACUAGGAUUCUUAGCACCGUUGGUCGUAAGGGCCAAGAUCCUGCUCCAGUCACUCUGGAUCGAGAAAUUGGGAUCGGACGAGCCAGUCUCCCCCACCACUGCUCAACGCUGGCGUCAAUUUAGAGAGGAGCUCAGCCAGUUAUCAGAGGUCACAAUACCGAGGUGGCUAGGACUGCUCACGGAUUCCACCAAGGUAGCACCGCUCAAACGGCUGACAAUCCCACGAUUAGAACUGACCGCAGCUCUGCUCCUCGCCAAGUUAGCCAGCUAUGUAAAAGAGCAGCUCAAACUCACGAAUUCUUCCACCUUCCUAUGGACAUCCCCCUCGGUGACGCUCACAUGGAUUAGCUCACACUCAUCAAGAUGGAAGGAAUUCGUGAAGAAUCGGGGAUUACUGAUCCAGGAACUCACUCAGCAGGCUCACUGGAGAGUAGUACCUGGCAGGGAGAAUCCAGCAGACUGUGCCUCUCGAGGUCUAUCAGCUACUCAACUAAUAGCUCACAAGCUCUGUUGGACGGGACCAUCAUGGCUUCACCAGGACAGCCCAUCAUGGCCAACUCACGUUCUCGAAACGGACAUCGCUGCAGAUCUCGAGGGAAGGCCAGGAGUCUUAUUCCAUGCGAGAGCUCAACAUAUAGCUCUCUGGGACCUCAUCGACAGAUUCUCAUCGUUCAAUCGACUGAUCAGGGAAACAGCAAUCUGUCGACGAUUCAUAGCACUGCUCAGAAGAACCCCCAACUCUUCUCUGCAGAACCCGCUCAACCUUGGUGAUCUUGAAGAGGCUCGAAUCUUCUGGAUCAAACUCACGCAGGCAGCUCACUUCAAGGAUCAACUCAGGACAAUCUCACGAGGGGAGAGAUUUAGAAGAUCACACCCUCUUACUAAGCUCACGCCAUUCAUCGAUCGCCAAGGAAUAUUGAAAGUUGGCGGAAAGCUCAAGUUCGCUCACCUCGGCCCAGAGAGCCGUAAUCGAACGAUCAUCCCGAGGGAAUUGCGGCUAGCUCAACGGCUCAUAGGACAAGCUCACAUACAAACACUUCACGGAGGUACACAGCUCACACUUAGACACCUCAGAAGCACCUACUGGAUCCUCGGGGGCCGAGCCCCAGUACGCUCCUUCAUUCUGAAGUGCGUGAAGUGCACUCGACAACGUAGAGUACGAGGUCAACAGCUCAUGGGUCAGUUGCCACCGACACUGGAGUCGACUACGCCGGCCCAGUAUCGCUACGCUCAUGGAAGGGACGGGGACACAAAUCAUACAAGGGCUGGUUGGCAAUUUUCGUCUGCAUGGCCACCUCAGCAGUGCAUCUCGAGCGACUGUGGUACGACCUUCCUCGGCGCCGACAAGGAACUCAAGAAGCUCUUCUCUUCAGGAACAGCUCAAUCGAGACAGCUCGCUCAGCUCCUCAUCAACGAUGGUACACAGUGGUCCUUCAAUCCUCCAGGCGCCCCGCAUUUUGGAGGAAAAUGGGAGGCCGCGGUAAAGUCGGUGAAGUUCCAUCUCAACCGUACCCUCGGAGAGGAUUUGCUCACGUUCGAGGAGCUCACCACUUUACUCAGUCAAAUCGAGGCAGUUCUCAACUCUCGGCCACUGGAACCGCUCACCGAUGACCCUGAUCACUGCUCAGCACUGACCCCAGGUCACUUCCUCAUAGGUCAUGCACCCACGACUCUUCCAGAACCAUCGCUGGAACCCCUCAACGUCUCAAGGUCCUCACGAUGGCCGCUCAUUCAGCAGAAACUCCAAGGAUUCUGGAAGAGGUGGUCCACUGGGUAUCUUCAACGUCUGCAAGCUAUAUCCAAGUGGCACCACCCAAAUCAUCAAGUGGGAAUCGGCUCACUGGUUCUACUCACGGAUGAGAGGUUCCCACCAUCCAAGUGGCCUCUCGCCCGCGUUACUGCCCUGCAUCCAGGAACGGACGGACUCACCAGGGUAGUGACAAUAAAGACAGCUCAAACCACGCUCACAAGACCAGUCGCCAAACUGGUAAUCCUACCAGUAUCACCACCAGAAGACUAG